AUGCUGUCUUCGCCGCCCAGGAGGGAGCUGCGGCGGGGAAUAGGACCCAGGGCGGGGAAGCCGCGCCACCGGGAGGAGGCCACUCAUUCGAGCGAACAAAGCCCGGAACCUCUGGUGCCCAGCGGCCGCGGGAGCCGGGAUGUCACCAAGGCGCAGGGUGCGCGGGUGCCAGGCCCAUUACAAGACAGGGCGCUUCCGAGAAUCUCACCCUUUCUUGGCCUCUCUGCUGCCUGCUGGCCCGAAAGUGAGGACGAGCACCCAGGGGUACUGCACACACCUCCCAGGGCCAAGGAGCUAUCCGCGCGGCUGGGGUCCCGGGCGGCGCCUGGCGUGUGCGCGACGCGAGUGGGGAAGCUCACAACGCGGAGCCCCGAGGUCUCUGGGGCGCAGGGCGGAGAGGAGCGGCGGACAGGGCUCGCCACUGCUCCCCCAGGGCCGGGCAACGCUCGGAAGACAGACGCAAGACAAAAUAAAACGCAAGCACCACAAAGCCGAGACAGGGUGUGCGGACCGCGGCCCCGGGACCCGCAGGAGGGAGCGGAACCGCCCGGGAGGUGGGGCGCACCAGGGCGCCCCAGCCGUACCUUUUCGGUGCAUCGACGGGCAGGCGGCCGGGGCUCGGAGCGGACUGGUACAGCGUCGAGCAUCGCGGGCGGUCGGCCCCGCGGAGAAGCGCUGCUGCUGCGUCCGGAGCGCCUGGGCAGCCGAGUGCGCGGGGAGCGGAGUUGGCUGCAGCCUCACCCCGUGCCGCUCACUACUCCUCUGUCACCGGAGAGGCCGCCGCUCCAGGGCGGAGCCAAGUCCCGGACUGGAUUGCGCAAAGCGGACUCUCCUCCUGCAACCCCGCCUACUUUGGCUGGCGUCUUCUCCGACCCGAAGGAGGGCUGCGGUCUCUGUGUGUGA